UUUUAGGUUAAAAUGUUUAAAAUCCAUUAAAUAAAUAUUAAAGUAUUAGAUCUCAGAUGCAACCUGAUGCAACUCAGAUGCAACCUGAUGCUUGGUUAACAGAAAAUGAACUCAAAAACUCACAUACUGAGUGUAUGACAGUGGAAAAUGGUAUUUCAAAUAAAGAUCUUCAUUUUGGAUUUGAAAAUGACUUUACUGGACUGAUAUGUCAAAAUAUUCCAACAAACGGGGUUCUUUCUGGACAUGAAUAUUCUCUUAUACUAGAAGAGAAGCUUAAAAAAAUUCAGUGCAAAAACAGAAGGGAGACUGGUAAAGAUAUGAUCAAGCAUUUACAUGAUGUAAAAAGUUUACAUAUGAAUGAGUUUUUAAAAAGCGAUUUAUUGUUAAUGGCUGAACCUCAUUCUGAAACCACGUUUUUAGAUAAACUUUACACCAUCAACAGUUUUUACAGACAUUUAAAUCCACAGCAAGCAUUAGAGAGUAAUGAGAAACAACCUUUAACAAAGUAUGACUAUCUUGAUGAAAUAACGGACCAGAUGAUUAGAGAUGAAUUCACGGACCAUAUGAUUAAACCUAAAAUCAAAGAUCAGAGAGUAGAUAAUACGAGUUGAUUUUUUUGGAUUAAUUUGUUUUGAUUUUUAUAAAAAAAAAUUUAUGAAAAAAUGUUUAUAAGUAAUGGUGGAAAGUUGUUAAAUAUCUGAGUUUAAUUUAAAAUGA